GCUAUAACAAAACAUUUGGUUUAACAAUUUUAAUCUUAUUUUAUUUUCAGAAAGUGACCAUAAACGAGAGCUAUUGGUGUCCCACGAAAUGUUUUCCUACUUUAAAUAAAAGUGGGUUUGAAAUAAUACUAACCCCACAUAGUGCCACAUGACUCAAAAGUCGUUAUACGUAUAAUAUACGGUCAUACAUCGUAUUUUCAAAAUUACCAAAAUACCCUUAUCAAAAUUUUCUUUAAAUUCCAGCCUCCUUCAAUUCAAUUCUUCCCUUUUCUCCUUCUCUUCUCUCUCAUCUCUCUAAUUACACAAUUUUGAACCGGUCAUUAUGAUGUCUACUGUACCGGCCUUUUCCUUUACUGCACCGGGUUUGGUUAACCAAAUAUCGGAUUUCCAGACCGGAUUCACUCUUUGGGAAUUGGACUGCUCCGAUCUCUUCUCUGCUAUCCAUCUCGAACCGGUCGUACCGAGUCCUUGUUCUGGUGAAUCCGAAACCGGUUCUGUCAAAAUUAAUACCGGUUUUAACGGUUUUGACGAAUCUUGUAUCGGUUCUAUCAAAACGAACUCCGGUUCUGAUGAUUCCGACCUUUUCCACGGCGUACCAAGUCCUCAAUCCGACGAAUUAGAUUCGGGCAACACGAGAAUCCGGAUUAACGCCCCAGACCAUAACCGGAAUAAAUUGAACCGGCCGGUUUUGCAGGUGACUGACGACCGUAAACGCAAACGGAUGGAAUCAAACCGAGAAUCAGCAAAGCGGUCGAGGAUGCGUAAACAAAGACACAUUGAGAAUCUAAAAGACGAAGCAAACCGACUCGGUUUAGAAAACCGGGAACUUGGAAACCGGCUCCGAAUCGUUUUGUACAACAUCGAACUGAUAUGUACGGACAACAAUCGGCUUUUGUCGGAACAAGAGAUUCUCAGACGAAGAUUCUUGGAGAUGAGGCAGAUUUUGAUUCUCAGACAGCUUCAGCAGAAUCCAUCAUUGAUCAUCAAUCAUCAACAAAUGAUUUGAGAAAAAAUAGAAAGAAAAAAAAAAGUUUAGAAAGAAAGAAGAAAAAAUUCAGAUCAAAGCGAAGUAUUUUUAUUUCUGUCUCUCUUUUGAUCUCUCUUAUGUGUAAAAAUGAGAAUAUGAGUGUUACUUAGAUAAUGGACUUUGUUUUUUUGCUGUUGUU